GUGAUAAACGUGGAUGAUGACGGUAAUGAGCUGGGCUCGGGUGUGAUGGAGUUAACGGAGGAAGAGCUCAUUCUGCACACGCGCAAACGAGACGCCGUGAAGUGGCCCUACCUCUGCCUGCGUCGCUAUGGUUACGACUCCAACCUCUUCUCCUUCGAGAGCGGCCGGCGCUGCCAAACCGGUCAAGGGAUAUUUGCAUUCAAGUGUGCGCGGGCCGAGGAGAUCUUUAACAUGCUGCAGGACAUCAUGCACAACAACAGCAUCAGUGUGGUGGAGGAGCCCGUGCUGGAGCCUGAGCUUCCAGUGAUGCCUCACACUCCCACCACUCCCGGUUACUCUGUCCCAACGGUAGCCAAUGGGAUCGGCCGUUACCCGUCAUUCGGUGACGCCUCCUCGCAGCCAUCCAGCCGCCACCCUUCAGUGGGCAGCACUAGGUUACCGUCAGUAGGGGAGGAGUCCACACACCCACUGCUGCUCAACGAUGAAACGGUAUGCAACGCACAUACAGUAACACUGUACAGUAAGGGUUCAUGA